UAAGCAUUAUGUCAGAUAAAGAUAAGGAACUCCCUUUUGAUUGUAAUGCAGCAGAAUGCUAAUAACUCAGGGCCCAACUCCACCAUCAACAUUCCUUCAUAGAACAUCAAUAUAUCUUGGAGGAGUUAAGUACUGCAAUAUCAACAGUUAUGCUUCUAGUAUCAUCAAAAGGAACCCUAGUACUAGCAGCAGCAGCAGUAGCAGCAUCAGCAAGAAUCUUCUCAGCCGCUGUAAACUGGCACUAACCGGCUUGCUUGCAGCUGCUGCAGUGAUAUCUUCGGCGGCAGUGGGAGCAGCAGCAAUUGAGGCACCCCCACAACCGGAGACUUUAUCCAAUAUACCACAGACACUUUCGGGUGAGUGUGCAUCGCCUAAGGAUUGCAAGAGAGCCAGGAUACAAAGGCCUAAGUCAAGGAAAGCCGAGUCUUGUACUAUAAAGUGUGUCACCACUUGCAUCCGGGGUGGUGAAGGCUCCCCUGGUGAAGGUCCUCUUAAUGUCAGGAGACCUCUAGUUGUCUUCAAGCAAGGGUUUCGAAGCCGUCAAUACUGUUUGGUGGAGUGCUCGGAUAUUUGUAACUUAAUUGGAGAUGGUGAUGAUGGGCCUUAAUUAAUUAGUUGUAUAUGAAGUUUUAGUUGAAUUUUGAUGUGUUUUCCUUACUCAUCAAUUAAAUUGCAUGCAUGGAUAGGUUAAUCUUUUUCCCCAGUGAUCAGAUUAAUGCAGUAUGGAUCAGAUUUUCAAGCA